AUGAGUCGCCAAACGACCAGAAAGCCAAGUCUGCAGAAAUCUCGCCGCUGCACGCCUGAGGUGAGGGCCUUGGGCAUCUCGUGCUUCUUAUUCAGCUUGAUCACGGUGAUCCAAGUCUUUGCCGCGCAUUUGGCCCACUCCCAAGCUCUAAUGAUGGAUUGCAUCUCCAUGGGCGUGGAUGCCUUCACCUACCUUGGAAACAUCCUGGUGGAAUGCCGAAAACGUGACGGUGGCCAACAUGUUUGUUCACAGCUCGUAGUCGUCGCGCUUUCCAUGGGUUUGCUUUGCUACUUCACGGCGCAGGCCAUGGCAGAGAGUUGGAAUACAGUUUUGGUCUGUGAGGGGAAGCUGCCCGAAGUGGAGGAAGAAGGGGUGAAUGGUUGGAUCACUCUGGGUUUUGCACUGGGUGGGGUCGCAUUUGACAUAGCGUGCCUUCUGGAGUUCUACAAGAGCAACAAGAAAACUGGUUGCGCCAAGAGUGUGAAUAUGUUCACCGCCUUCUUACAUGUCAGCGCUGACUUUCUUCGUUCGACUGCCACUUUGGUGAUGUCAUUGCUGAUCCUUUUCUGUGGUGUUGACUCCAACUGCAUUGAUGCCUACACUGGGCUCUUCAUUGGCUUCACGAUCUUUGCCGGUGCCUUCUUUGGAUUCUUCAAGUGGCUCAAGCUCGCGCUCAGCCUGUGUCGCCUGACCGAGUUCGCCUCCGGUCAAUAG